UUGUAGUAUACUUAUAAAACAAAGCAAACAGAUUCAACUGAGAAUUGUCUGAGAAAGAUAUAGGACUAUGUUUUACAACUUUGUAACAUACUAAAAUAAGCCCUUUUUAGAAAAUUAAAAGCUUUUGUUUUCAAAGGAUCUUAGACCACACGGUUGUUAGACUGUAAAAGACAGGAUGUGUACUGGUAGAUGCUCUCGGUUUAUUGGGUCGUCGCUGUACCCUCUGGCAUUCAUCUCCAUCAUCUGUAAUAUCAUUCUGUUCUUCCCAGGUUGGGAGACCAGUUAUGCCAAAGAUGGAUACCUCACAGUAGAAGUGAAGUACAUGGGUGGACUGGUUGGAGGUGGGCUCAUGGUACUGAUCCCAGCUUUCCACAUUAAUGUGACUGGGAAAAAGGGCUGCUGUGCCAACCGUUGUGGGAUGUUCCUCUCGAUUCUCUUUGCUGCAAUUGGGUUAGCUGGUGCCCUCUACAGUUUUGCAGUGGCAAUGCUUGGUCUAAUAAAUGGGCCCUACUGUAAAGUAAUUCUGAUCUGGAAGACACCCUUCAAAGACAGAGAUUUCAGUUACUUGAACCAUCAUGACAUGUGGAGCCAGUGCACAGAACCGAAAAACGUGGUUGAAUUCAACGUGGGGUUGUUUGGAACCCUGCUGGUGACCAGUUCUCUGCAGGUGGUCCUUUGCGCUAUCCAGAUGAUAAAUGGGCUCUUUGGAUGUCUCUGCGGGACCUGCAUUGAUAAAGGGGUUGUGUAAUGGAAGGAAGACUCUACACUCAGUCAUACACAAUGAUGAAGACUUCCUGAAUCUCUGAUGUCUCUUAAUUGUUAAAGGGAGACAUUAGCUUUAAAUAUAUUUGCACUGUGGCACAACUCUGUAUUACUUACUUUAAUGUUAAAGAAAUAUGUAUAUUUAACAUUUACAGUUUGUAAUUUAGUUUAUGCUUUCCUUUUAUUCAAAACAACUAUUAGUCAAUGCUUUUUACUCAGUCCAGUACCAUAUAUUACCACAAACAGAGGUAAAACUUUCCUCACAAAGUUAGUUAUUUCUAUAUGUUUGCAAUUUGACUUGUCUUCUACCAUGUACUUUAACCAAGUAUUUGCAGGCAACAUAAAGAUGAGGAAUUUUUCUUUAGAUAAAUUAAAAGAAAAUCUGCUCUAUUACAAGUUGGAACAGGAAGAAGAAAUUCUAUUUAUAGAAUUAAAAAUGUCACUGUUCUGUCAGUAGUCAUAGACACAUUAUGAAGGUGCCCAUAGACCAAAAUUGCACUCAAAGUUUACCAUCACAUUCAACACUGACAGUUAAAAACAACUUACUAACACAUUUCAGUUAGAUGUAAGACAGAGAACAUUGGAUAGCACUGUAAAAUAGGAUUCAGUUUAAACAAUGUGGCCAUUAGUGGAUAAAUGAUUAACUCUCUAGGUCCAUACUUUGCAAUUUUCCACUAAGUUAACAUAUGGUAUUAAUUUAAUAUUGUCAUAUACGAUUUCAUUUCGAUUUUUAGGACCUAUGCAGUUAUAACAAAAAAAGACUAAAAAAGGAAUUCAAAAUAACACUGAAAUUGGCCUUUGGUGCAUGAAAGCAUAGAAAAAUAAACAUUACGUCCAUAGUCAAAAAAGAAAAUAUAUCAAGAGUUUGUUUUGAAGUAUAUUUCCUAUAUCUGAAUGUUAUAAGAGAACUCAGGGGAUAAAAUUAUUUUCAGAAGUAAAAUGUACUUUUAGAAGGAAAUACACACAUUUCCACACAUUUAUUAUACAAAUGGUACUUAGCUAAACUUAAAAUGGAUUCAGAAGUGAGUUUGCAUUUCAGAGCAAAACCUCCCAAAAACUUGUCUAUUCCAGAUAAUCUGAAGUCUGAACUAGUUACUUUUCGGUUUGUAGCCUAAACUCAUCAGUCCUGACAGUAAGUUUUGUAAGAACACAGCUUCAAUAAAAAGGUGGCAGCAAAAUUUUGUUAUGAAUUCUGAUUUUGAAAGUCACAGACAAAACCAA